AUGGCUAUCAUUCGCGACAUUCCCGGUGUCAAAGUCAGCAUCGAGUCCAAAGGGGGGCCGUUGAAAGAAUAUGAUGACGACGAUGAGAGCGAUAGCAAUUGGAAGCUCAAAGAUGUUACAUCCUCGAAAAGGAGGAGAAUCUCUAAAUAUAUAGAGUGUGAAUCAGAUGCAGAAUUCAACAUUAAACUCGAGAUCACGAGGGCAUUCGACCUGGCCGAGAAAACCGGCCAAUAUGAUAGCAUCACGUUUCUAGCUCUAGUUGACGGAAAUCCGGUUGCUCGUAAUACUCCUCUAUAUGAAGACUUUCAGCCGAGGGAUUGGUCUGGCUCCAUUGAUGGAUCGUAUAUGAGAGUCAGCCCAACGGAGGUGUCUUACCGUCCUCUAAAAUUCUGCUCGAUCACGAGGGUGGAGUCUACGGAUACUGCCCGUGUUAAACUUGAUAUGGAGCGAAUUGCUGGUCUUGGGGAGAUAGUCGUCUUGCUUCAUCGCACAUGUCACUACUCCCUUCCUCGACAUCCGGCUUUUGUAAAUAACAAAUUGCCGAAAACCAUUACGGAGGUUGCAGAGAAGGCAUUGAAGGGUCAGGCCUUAUCACAUGGAAUUGCAUUCGGCCCUGAGCGACGAAUGUAUUCGAAGCCCACAUAUGUCAAGUUUCCAGACGGCAAGGAAAAUCCCUUAGGUGUUUUCCGCUUUAAGUACCGUUCUCAUGAAGCCCUCCAAGCGGAAUGCAUCAUUCCUCGGUCACCCUCCCCUGGCGAAGACUCCACGGCGAAGAGGAUUGCCAAUCUGAAGAGAGAAAUUGCCAGUAUUAAGGAGGAAGAAGAGGUCACGCUAGUAGGAGCACGAAGGAGACCUGCGGACGAUGACGGCUCCCAAAUUCCGCGAAGCGGAAAGCGAUAUAAGACCACCCGCGGAGAAGAUGGCCAGACCGUCGUUGACCUCACUGACGACUGA